UUGCUAAGUUAAAUUACUAUUAACAUGAAUGUGGAAUUUCAUUGAUUUCACAUGUUGUUCCUGUUGUUUGCCACAAUCAUAUUUUGGUUCUAUAUACUUUCCUUGGUCAUCUAAUAACUUUACCCAUUUUGUGCUACCUUUUCAUGACAGAUAAAUCUAUAGGAAUUCAUUCACGUCCAUAAUGUUUAUGGUUGUACAGGCACAUAAGACAAACAAUGCUGGAGCAAAAACAAAAUUGCCUAUGGUCAACAACCCUUCCAUCAGGGAUAAUGAUAUCAUCUUCGGCCACUCUUUAACCACACUUACAGGUAAUUUGACUUCAAAUGUUACAAUAACAACCAAAAAAAAAUAGUCACUACAUUACUGAUUUAUCCUUGCAUCUCAUUACGUAUAAAUCUUUAUGUUACAGAUUAUGAGUAAUGAUGGUCGUCUAAUCAUUACAAGUGUUACUCAUCAUGACAAUGGAAAUGACGUCCUUUCUGUUAGUAGCAGUGUAACUGGCGUCCAAAAAUUGACAUUUAAAAGACUAUGUCCAUUGUUAACCCACCAUUGUUUGCAGUGAGGGUUGGACUUAAGCUCUUGCUGAGGCGCCAACAGCUGCAGGGAGCAACAAUAAUAAUGGAUCCUCGCAUGUUCUUCAAUCUUCAGCACCUGCUGCCUCUAGCUACAUCUCAUCACCAUGUGUUGGAAGAACAUCGCCUGGACUAAAUAUGAAAGAAACUUUGGUGCAGGCAUCACCACUUUGCCAUAAUGUUCAACAGCCAUCUAUUCAAACGCAGAAGGAUGAGUUAGCUAACACACAAACCAGGAUAUAAAUCCCGAUGACACCAAAAACUUUGGAUAUGGAAGCCACCAAAAACUAUAUUGCAGAACUGGAUACAACAAAAAGAGACUGGACAAUAACAGCACGAGUAACACGCAUGUGGGAAGUCCGGUACAAACCGACAAACCCAACACCGGAUACCAUAGACAUGGUGCUUCUAGAUGAACAGGGAUCCCAAAUACAAGCAUUGGUAAAAAAGGCAAUAGUCAGUCAUUUCAAGGACCGACUACAAGAAGGAAGAAUAUAUACAAUGACUCAUUUCAAUGUGGGAAAGAACAAUAGGACUCGACUACAAGUGGAGAAUGAGUAUAUCAUUUGGUUCACUUCAUUCACAUCAGUCACGUUACAAGAAGAAAGUUCAGCAGCAAUCCCAUUUCACAAAUUCAACUUACGCCCUAUCGACGACCUAUCUGAGCGAACUAACAAGAUCGAUGUCCUUACAGAGGUAAUAGGACAACUAAUUGGCGUAGAAAACAAAAUCACUCAAAAUCACGACAACAACACGGAUCAAAGAAGGACGAUACACAUCCAAGAUGAAAGGACCAACAAGAUUGCAGUAACUCUAUGGGGACAACAAGCAGAUCUGGUGGCAGACGACGUAGCAGAAAAUGGAGCCCAACCAAAAAUAGUCAUAAUAACAGCCACUCGGGUAACAAUGUUCAAGGGAAAUUACCAACUCAACUCUACAGGAGGAACAAAGCUCUACAUCAAUUUAGAAAUACCAGAAGUCGAAAACUUCAAAAAAAACAUGACUGAUGUCCCACUACAAGAAAUACUCCAUAUUGAAGUCACUCAGCCAGAGAGCUUAGAGGAGGCGAUGACCAAGAAUCGAAAAACAAUCACAGAAUUACAACAAAUAUACAUGGAAGGAGAAGAAAACCAGGAAGCCAAGAAUACUUAUACAUGCGUGGCAAAAAUAGCAACCAUACAUGACCAAGAGUGUGGCUGGAUGUACACGUCAUGUAACAAUUGCAAAUCAAAGAUUGAUGAGAAUCAAUACUGCAACAAAUGCGAAGACGUCCCAGAGUUUCCAACUGACAGGUACCGAUUAAUUGCCACAAUUGAUGAUGGCAUUGCAACAAUGACUGUGGGGAUAUUCGACAAAGACGUGAAAAAAAUCAUUGGCAAACCAAUAACAUCAAUGGUGAAGAUUUAUAACCAGGACAAUGGACCAGAAAAGGUCGCAAAAGAGCUCCAACAAUGCAUUGGGAAGAAAUGUACAAUGAAACUAAAAGUCAACGACAAAGGAUACAUACAAGAACUAACAGCUAUAAAGGUAUUCCAUAUUGAAACGGAAGAGAAGAGAACACCACAACGACGAGGAAAGGAGAUACUAAGAGAAAUAAAAAAAGAGGGACAACCACCAAAGAAGCAAAAAAUGCACAGCAUCACAACAACAGAGGAAACACCCAUAAUAACAGCAGGCACAAACACAAAUCCAGAACCAGUCCAACUUCACGACCAACUUCUGCACCAGGGACAAAGCUCAUGAAGCAACAACAAGAAGACAGUUCAAAAACCUCAGCCCAGGGACCAGGGACCUAUGUUAAGUGUUUUAAAAUAAAAUCACAAAACGGAAUGUUUAGAUAAGCAAAGUAGGUAGAACUAUAAUGUGGCUAGAUGAACAUGCCAGGGAGUUGGUAGCUUCUGUCGAGGAAGAUCGCACAACAAAAAGUAGAGGCAAACACUCUCUUCUUUCCAAUUUUACAGCACCGGAAAAUAAAGUCUAAAGUCUCAACAAACGGUAGACAGGUUUUCAAACAUUUAUAGUAGCCAUGUUAAAUUUUUGAGUUCCACAGGCAAUAUCAGAGGAUUUAACAUUACAAGCUCGGUAUAUCCUCUAAAAUAAUGCAUCAAUAGCAAACCAUACUUGCAUUCGUUAACUCUAAACAAAUUGGAUCAGUCCAAUACCAAUAAGCAUCACAAAACGAGGAAACAACAAAGAAAAAAAACCCCGUUCGUAGAACGGGCACAAGAACUAGUUACUAAUAAGAUGAUUGGAACACGCCAUGAGAUUUUUAUAUCCGUAACUUUAAUAAAUUUGUCAUUAUUUAGUGAACCUUUUAAUGUGUGAGAUCUUAAUUUAAUUAUCGAGAUUGAUUGUUUUAUGUGAGGUUCUUUAUUACUCCGUAUUAAAUUUG